UUCUCUGAGCAGCGGCGAAGAAGAAAACUCUGCCGUCAUCGCGCACAACGUGUUAGCACCGAAGCAACAUGGCUUUGAAUGGAGAUGACGAGGACUUUGAGUGGGAGCCUCCGACAGAUGCAGAGUUAAAGGUCAUCCAUGCUCAACGGGAGCGACAAGACAAAAUCAGCAAGCUGAUGGGAGACUACUUGCUCAAAGGAUACAAGAUGCUGGGGGACUGCUGUGAUGUGUGUGGGACUAUUCUUCUCCAGGACAAACAGCAGAAAAACUACUGUGUGUCAUGUCAGGAGCUGGACUCUGAUGUUGACAAGGACAACCCUGCUCUUAACGCACAGGCAGCGUUGUCCCAGGUGAGAGAAAGGCAGCUUGCAGCCCAGUCUCCUGCACCGUCCCAGGUCCCCGAAGUCAACGGAGGCCCCGGCAGCAGCCAGGCAAGCGCUUUAGUUCCUCAGCCCAGACCCGAGCACUGUGAGGGGGCUGCCGCAGGUGGAAGAGCCUCCCUGCUUCCACCUGCCAUGCCAUCUCCUCCACCUCCUCCUGCCGCUGCAGUCCUGGCACCAGCUCGUCCUCCAGUUAGUCCACAGAGCCCCGCUGCCCGACCUGUGUUGCAAGACGCUGAGGAGGCUGUUCUUACCAAACUUCGUUGGGCCACCACCCAGCUACAGAGCUCAGCCUCCUUAGAGGCAAGCAUCCAGCUCUGCAGCCUCAUCUCCAGCUGUGCCAACUCUCUGCGCAGCCUCAAGGAGCUCAGCCAGUAAUCGCCAUGGACUGGUUGAAACCCUGGAGUGAUGGGAAUGCUGUUUUUUUUAAUUUGCCUCUGUCUUGGAAUACUGACUCUGGUUCGCUGGUUUGCAGAAACUCCCUUUGACUGAAUCCUUGCAUUGAGCUGAAUUCAAAAUUGAUCAGGAAGAAAAAUGCGUUUGAUGGGAUGUAAGUGCAGUUUUAGUUACUCCUGAGUUGAUGUAACUGCACCGCAGCAGAAAUAGCAUAUUAUGUGGUCUCUUAAUAUGUUCAUUUGACUGUUAUUGUCAACUUGUAAGUUAUGAUUUAUGAUUAUAAACACAAGAUAUUUGUCAAGGCACAUUAGUUGUUGGUAUUGCUUUAAAAUAUCUGACUAAUAAGAAGUUUGAAUAAGGCUUAGUCUGUAUUUUACAGAUAAAUAACAGUAAUAUUCUGUAAAUUUAUAAUUCAAAAUGGCUUCAUGUACCAGAUAUCUAGGACAGUUUUUUUUCUUCUUUGAUUGUUCUCUGUUAACAUGAUGAAACGCGCAGAUACAUUUUUCUAUUUGCUGCUCAGUCUGAUGCUCGGACAGUCUCCGUUUCACUGGUGGUACAAAGCUUAUCGCUGUGUGCAGGCAGUUCUUAGGAUUUUAUUGUAAAUAUCUUUGAUGCAUGGUGGUGUUUAUGGUCAGUUUGUUCACUGAUGCUCAGAUGGGACGAGUACAACGUUCAGAAUUAAGACGCCUUGUUGCUUUAUUCACAAAAGUCAAAUGAGCACUGUUAGACUGCACUUCAUAUUAGAAAAGUCAAGUUCAGUGUUAUUCAAAGCUGUCGUUUUUCUAAUGAUGUACCUGAAUAAAGCUUUGCCACUUCA